CGGAAGAAAUCAGAAUCAGAGGGGGAAGGGAGAGAAUUAGGGAUGAUGGGCAGCAGGGGGAGCAGAGAAGAUGAUGGAGGAGAAGGGAAGGGUUGGUUGUGGAAGCUUCCAGUCCUCAAAUCCCAGCAACUAGGGAAGGUGGGCCCCGCAUUCGGCCUCGGCGUUGGCUGCGGCGUGGGCUUCGGCAUCGGCCUACUCGGCGGCGCAGGAUUUGGUCCUGGGAUUCCUGGCUUGCAAGUUGGCUUUGGCCUUGGUGCUGGAUGCGGGGUCGGCCUAGGAUUCGGCUAUGGUGUCGGAAAGGGCAUUGCCUACGAUGACCAUCGCAGGUACUCUAAUGUUGGCAACCUUUUUCGUGGUGGAAAUGUCGGCAUUUCUUGCGCUUCUCGAAAUCUUCCUACUCAGGAUGAUAUUGGUGCACUUGUUGAGGAGCUUGUUGAUAAUACGAAGAAACUUGUCAAAGCUACUGCAAGAGAGAUGGACAAAUGGAGAAGAUGAGUUUUCUUUUCUGAGUUCUCAUUGUAGAUUUAAAAUGAUUAUGGUUUAUAAUAUACAUGCUAAGUUAUAACAUACGCAUGUUUGGGAAAUGGGGAGUACUAAGACUUGUAGUGUGCAUCUCCAUCGUCAAGGCAUACCUAUGCUUAUGAUUUUGUUGAAUGCCAUUGGAAGAAAGCACUUGUGAAUCGCAUUACUUGUGUCUAUAGGAUUUCACCAUGGAGCUUUAUAUUUUGUACUUCUCUAGAUGGCUUGUUUCAUGAGUUGCCUUGUGUCUUUUAUGUACGAUAUAGAAUUUUUGAACUUAUGGUAAAGAAAGUUUUAAAUCUAUACUAAUGGGCCUACGAAGAUUGGCAAUUGUCGCUACAGUACUAAUUUGUAUUCAGGUUUUAUGCUUCCGAUUACAUUCUUUUUGGGGUUGGUUAUGAGUAGUUGAGUGUGUUAGGUAUGUUUUAGUACAUUCUGGGGACUUAUGGGUUUAAUAUUAAACAUUCACGGUUUUUAGUAGGGAUAUAUUUGUGUAAAUACAGUGUAAAAAUAAAAUGACCAUCAGUGUAAAAAUAAAAUGACCAUAAGUGUAACUACAGUGGAGUGACAAUCGAUUGAAUCAGUAGACAAUCUCCUUCUAAGACAUGUAUUUUCUUGCCAGAUUGAGAAUUUAGAGCAUACAAUUAAGAAAGGAUCAACUUGAUUGCUUGUUCGUAUUCAUAUUUUGACAGUGUGCCCAUUUUAUAUUGCUAGAUAGUUUUGGCAAUAGAACAUACAAGCACAGGUGCCCGCGUGAUGCUGCGGGUUUACAAUUCUAUUUACACACAUAAUUAUGUUUACAACUCUAUUUACACAUGUCCAACAAUAUUUACAAUCAUUUUUACGGGUUUAAAACUCUUUACACAUUUACAACUAUGUUUACGACUCUAUUUAUACAUAAAUGUACAACAUAUAUGUCCUCCAUUGGAGACAGGAUGGAUGUCUAUCUCAUACACAUCAACUUCAUGCAACACCAGGAACCCCAUCCUCGUUUGCUCAUCUGCUGUCUAAUAAUCCUAAUACCGAACAGAGCAUACAAAUUCUACAAGUCCAAAAGUUACUGAAAGCAAAUCUAUUAUUACUCCAAUAUAAUACAAAAAUACCAAAUUCAGUAAUUUCAAUAGUUAUUCAAAUUCAAUAACUUUAGAAUAUAAGAAUACUAAAUUGAACGUUUGUAGCCUAAAAAACCAGAGGAACAGUAUUCGUGACAAUUGAUGAGUACCUAUUUGAAAAAUGUACCUGAAGAUUGACUUUCAUCAAAUAAAUCAUAAAAAAGCAGAAAAUUAGUAAACCCAAAAUUAUAAAUUGUUACAUCAUCCAUUUCAGUCAUGCGUAAAUACACCAUCACACAUAACAAAUUUGCCUAUAUGACAGUGAUACACAAAAGGCAUCGGAUUUGUAAGCUUUGGUUUCCUAUGCUUCUCGCACUGAUAGUUCUUAUUUAUACUUUUACUGGAUUUGCAUCACUUCUUUUACAUUAAUAAAAUUAGAGGAUUGCACAUGCUUCUUUUUGGACACCAAAGACAACAUUUUUUUUUUUUUUCAGUUAUUCUAGUUCCUUGUGGUUGAAUGGGAUUCUAAGCUUCAGAGUUUCGAAAACGGAGAGUUUCGAAAAAUCUCAGAGCCAGUACCAAUGAGCUUAAACAUAACAGAUACGAGCUAAUGAGAUAGAGCUAAGCUACUUCACCUCUUCCAUAAUUCCAAGUCUCCACCCAAGCCUAGACAUCCAGACAUUGCCCAGAUAGGUGUCCCAUCUUGACC